AUGGCUAGCAUAGCAAUUAUUGGCUCAACUGGCCUGGUCGGCUCGCAAAUCCUCUCAACCCUCCUGUCCCUCCCAUCCAUCUCCUCCGUCCACGCCAUCGCCCGCCGCCAGCCCCCUUCCACCGACCCCAAGCUCCACCCCCUCAUCAACGCCGACACGGCACAGUGGGCAAGCUCCCUCGCGUCCGUCAAGCCCGCUCCCGAUAUCCUGCUCUCCGCGCUGGGCACGACCCGGGCCGCAGCCGGCGGCAUCGACAACCAGCGCAAGAUCGACCUGGACCUCAACGUCGAGGUAGCGCGGGCGGCGAAGGCGGCCGGCGUGAAGAUCUACGUGCUCGUCUCGAGCGGUUCCGCCAGCUCCGCGUCGCGCUUACCCUACUCCAAGAUGAAGGGCGAGCUGGAGGACGCCGUCAAGGCCAUGGACUUUGAGCACACCGUUAUCCUGCGCCCGGGCUUGCUGGUGGGCAGUCGGAAGGAGACUCGGCUGGCCGAGGGGCUGCUGAAUGGGCUCGCGAAAGGGUUGGGGGCUAUCAGCGGAGGGGUGCUGAAGGACUUCUGGGCGCAGGAUGCCGAGGUCGUCGCGAGGGCUGGGGUGAGUGCUGCGUUGCAAACUCUAGAGGGGGGCAAGCCGAAGGUGUGGGAGGUGGGCAUGGGUGAUAUCGUGCGCUUGGGGAGGACGGAGUGGAAGGCCUAG